AUGGGGUCUUCACAACGGCCAUCUUCAUCAACAAGAAUUUUACAGGGCCUGGUACUCUUUUUUACGGUUGCUUUGCUCAAUGCCUCAUCUGCAAAGAGUCAAGGCAAUGUUGACGUAAAGAAAUUGGAUUUCCCAAAAAAUUUUGCAUUUGGAGUUGCUACUGCAGCAGCUCAGAUAGAAGGAUCAACCACAAAAGAUGGAAGAGGAUUAAGUAUUUGGGAUGACUUUAUUGUAAAAUUUCCAGAAAAAAUUAAAGACAAGAGUAAUUUAUCAAUAGCACUUGAUUCAUAUAAGAGAUACAAGGAAGAUGUGCAACAUUUGAAAGAGCUUGGAGUGAAAUAUUAUAGGUUUUCAAUCUCUUGGACAAGGAUCCUUCCCCAGGGAUCGUUGUGUGGUGGAAUAAAUCAAGAGGGUAUUGAUCAUUACAACAACCUUAUCGAUGAAUUACUAAAAAAUGGCAUCACACCUUUUGUUACAUUAUUUCACUUUGACUUUCCGCAAGCCUUGCAAGACAAGUAUGGAGGCUUUCUUAGUCCCCUAGUUGUGAAUGAUUUUAAGGAUUAUUGUAAAAUUUGUUUCAAAGCAUUUGGAGAUAGGGUUAAAAAUUGGAUUACAAUCAAUGAGCCAUAUAUUAUGGCUUUUACUGGUUAUGAUUUGGGAACCUCACCACCAGGCAGGUGUUCACCACCAGCAGGGCCAGCUGGUCCAUGUGUUCCUGGUAAUUCAUCCACUGAACCAUAUAUUGUGAGCCACAAUGUUCUUCUUGCACAUGCCGAAGUUGUUAAGCUCUACAGAAAAAAGUUUCAGGAAAAACAAGGAGGACAAAUAGGAAUCUCUCUUGUGGGACAAUUUGUUGAGCCUUAUUCAGAUUCACCUAAUGAUGUUGCGGCUGCAGAAAGAGUUCUAGAUUUCAACUUGGGAUGGUACGUGGAACCACUGGUAUAUGGUGGUUAUCCAAAAAGUAUGCGAGAGUUGGUUAAAGAAAGAUUACCUACUUUUACGACCAAGCAAAAGAAGAUGGUCAAAGGAUCUUUUGACUUUAUUGGUAUUAAUUAUUAUACUUCAAGAUAUGCUAAGGACCUCAAAAAUCAGAGUGCACCACCUCGUUAUUCAACAGACUACCUUGCAAAUGUUACUGCUGAGAGAAAUGGAGUUCUUAUCGGUCCAAAGGCUGAAGGAAGCGAUUUCAUUUAUUAUUAUCCAAAAGGACUACAGAAACUUUUAGAGUUCAUGCAACAAAAAUAUCAACACCCUACUAUAUACAUUACUGAAAAUGGGAUCACUGAGGCAAAUAUUGAAAACCGUAGAAUCGAUGAAGCCUUGAAGGAUGAACAUCGAAUUAGUAGUAUAAAAUGGCAUUUGUACUAUCUUCUUCAAGCAAUGAAGAGUGGUGUAAAUGUAAAAGGCUAUUUUUAUUGGGCUCUAUUCGAUGAUUUUGAAUGGGGGGAAGGCUAUGAACCAAGAUUUGGUCUUUAUUAUAUCGAUUACCAACAUAAUUUAACUCGUAUACCUAAAAAUUCUGCAAAGUGGCUUAAGGGCUUCCUCGAGGCUUCCACCUAA